ACACAAAUUCCUUCUCCACUUCGUAUCUCAUAGUCGCUGUAAUUUGGUGCUCGCAGAAUUGGUUGGCUUUCACAAGAUGAAGAUUUUAAGUGGUUUAAUUAUUCUCCUGUCAGUAUUGGGCGCUAUCGAAGCCACCACUUUGCAUGGCAAGGGGGUCGGAGUACACGUUGGCACAAAGAGUCCAUACAAUUACAAUUACGCUGCAGAUGCGCAAAUGCUAGCCGACCCAUCGCUCUCCAUGUUUCUACUGGAAAAAGAUUUGCACAGCGGAACCAAAGUGUUUUUACGCCUAGUGCAGGACAACAAUCCGGACGCCCAGAAGACGCAUUUUUUUCCGCACGGUGUGGCGGAAGAAAUCCCGUUUGCCUCCUCCAAGCUUUCGGUGGCUUUGAGGGAGCUCAACGUAGCGCAGGAUUCCGAUAUGGGUGUGGCCAUGGAGGAGACUUUACAGGAAUGCGAGAGUCCCGCCAUUAAGGGCGAAAGCAAAUUCUGCGCCACGUCGUUGGAGUCCAUGAUUGAUUACCGCAUGUCCAGGUUGGGAAGCAACCAUUUAACUGUUGUGGCAACCAAUGUUCAAAGACGUGGAAAUCCGAAGCAGGAAUAUACCAUCACGGGGGUGGGGGGAGAAGUCGGUGGGUGUCACAGUCAGAAAUACGCGUACGCGGUGUUUUACUGCCACGAGGCGCAGGCCACGCGGACUGCUAGGGUUUGGGUUAAGGGCGAAGAUGGCACUAGGGCUGAGGCUGUCGUGGUUUGCCACAAGGACACCAGCGCGUGGAACCCCAGCCACGUGGCAUUCCAGGUUUUGAAUGUGAAGCCUGGUGCUGCUUCUCUUUGCCACUUCAUUCCGCAGGGCCAUGUUGUGUGGCUGCCAGCCAACUAAGACACGCCACUUGUUCAAUCGUGCAUGCUAUAUAUACAAUAUAUAUGUGUCUUUGUUAAUGUAAGUACCUAGCAUUAGGUGAUGCUUAUUAAGUUUGUUGUGUGGGGCAGUAGCUCUCUUUUUGUUGUUUAUCGUUAUACAAGCAGCAAUCACAAUACAAGUAGCAAUCCCACAUUGUGCGAUGGGUAUAUCAAACUCGUGUGGAAGGUCAAUUAAAGAAAAAUGUUCUGUUUCUUGUAUAUAUUAAUGCAUACAUUAUGUCAA